GGGAACAUACCUCAUCUCCUCUUCCAGGGCUGGGGAAGCCUUCAGGUGAGGGAGAUGGUCUCAGAUCCACCUCACACCGCAGUGCAGUGAGGUGAAGUGCUGGGCAUUCUCCACUGCACAACGGCCACCUCUGUGAUACAUAGCAUCAUGGGUGUUGUGAUCUGGGUGUCCUUUCUGUUGAGCAUAUAUCAUACAUCAGCCCAGGUCACUCAUCUGACCGUCGGUGGUGCCCAAGGUCAAAGAGGUCAAGACCCCUGCCCUGUAGGGGUGUACUUUGCCCUUGACACCUCUGAGAGCGUGGCACUGAGGGAGCCUCCAUGGGGCAGUUUGGUGGAGCAGCUCAAGACCUUCCUGGCCAUCUUUUCCAGGCGCCUGGAGGCCUCUGCCUUGAAGUCCCAGGGUGUUCGCUGGACUUACGGGGGUCUGCAUUUCUCCGACCACGUGGAAAUUUUCAGCCAGGUGACCUUUGACUCGGCGGCAUUCCUGCGCGAGGCUGCAAGAGUGCGUUACAUUGGCCGUGGUACCUUCAUCGACUGUGCCUUGAGGAAUGUUACGGAUCAGGUGCGGCGGUUUCAGGGAACGAGGCCGCGUUUACAGUACGCCAUCGUGCUAACGGAUGGAUACAGCACGGGGAGCCCCUGUGGGGGUGUUCAGCAAGCCGCAGAGGCCGCCAGGUCAGCGGGCAUCAGGCUGUUCGUGGUGGCGACCGAUGUGGACACCUCGGAGAGCGACCUGAAGCAGAUCGCCAGCUCACCUGUGGAGGUCUACCGCAAGGAUUAUCUGGCCUACCCUGACAACCGGAGGCAGGAUGCCAUCAACAAAAUUGUGGACAUCAUUGUGAGAGAUGCUGAUCAUGAGUGCCAAGAACCGGUCUGCAAAGAAACAGCUGGAGUGACAGGGCCAAAAGGACUGAGGGGAACUAAGGGAGCGAAGGGAAGCACUGGUGCCAUUGGUGAUCCCGGAGCGCCAGGGCCAUCGGGGGAUCCCGGCAUUGAAGGUCCAAUUGGUUUGCAUGGUCCAAAGGGUUACAUUGGAUUUAAAGGUGAAAAGGGUGACAUUGGAACACCUGGUCCUAAGGGACGAUCAGGUGCUCUGGGCUAUAAUGGAAUAGAUGGAGAGAAGGGCAAACGUGGAAGCAUUGGUGCACCUGGCUGUAAGGGUGACCCUGGCCUGCCAGGCGAUCCUGGACCCGUUGGAGACUUCGGCAUGAAAGGAGAUGCUGGAGAUCCAGGUGAAAAGGGUCCAACUGGUCAGCCUGGCAGACCAGGUCCUCAGGGUUCGCGUGGAGAGGUCGGGGAGAAGGGUGUUACUGGGUACAUUGGCAACCCUGGUUUACCAGGGGAAAAAGGAAUUAAGGGUCAACCUGGACCAAAAGGCCACGUAGGGGACGCGGGCCCUAGAGGAGAUGCAGGGACAGCAGGCCCACGUGGCAAAGCAGGUGGAAGAGGAGAGAAGGGUGAAGUUGGACCUGAGGGUGAAAGGGGUCCGAGCGGAGAAAGAGGCCUUCCAGGUGCAACUGGUCCCCCUGGUUUUCCAGGAGUCAGGGGUGAAGUGGGAACUGUGGGCAGAGUAGGCCCUCAGGGCUCUGCCGGGGAUCCAGGGGACUUCGGCAUUAGAGGAGACAAUGGCGAGGAGGGGCCAACGGGAGAUCCAGGCAAGAAUGGGCAUAAUUAUCCAGGUGCCAGAGGCGUACAGGGAGACCGAGGAGAAACUGGAGUGCCUGGACUUCAGGGUCCAAGAGGAUUUACGGGGGAGAAAGGCUCAAUGGGGCCGAAGGGACCACAGGGAACGCCAGGGGAACCAGGCCCUGAGGGUGUCCCUGGAGACAGAGGGCCACGAGGGCCUCCUGGAUCUUCAGGUUCACCUGGUCCAAGAGGUCUUGCUGGGUUAUCUGAAUGCGACAUCAUGAGUGUAGUGAGGGAGACGUGUGGUUGCUGUGACUGCGAGAAAGUAUGCCCUUCCUUGGAUUUGGUGUUUGUGAUUGACAGCUCAGAAAGUAUAGGAAAAACCAACUUCAGCCUGGCCAAGAACUUUGUCAUCAGUGUUGCUAACAGACUUGGAAAGAUGGCAAAAAAUGUCACCGAUCUCUCAGGCUCGCGUCUGGGCGUGGUGCAGUACAGCCACCAGGGGGCAGUGCAGGCGAUCCGCAUGGACGACAACGGCAUCACCUCCGUGUCCACCUUCAAGGCCAGGGUCAAGGCCAUGGAGUGGAUCGCUGGAGGCACCUGGACGCCCUCGGCUCUCAAGUUCACCUACGAGCACCUGAUCGUGCCCGGGAGGCGGAAGGGCACCAAGGUGGUGGCCAUUGUCAUCACCGACGGCCGCUACGACCCCAAAGACCUGGACAAGCUGGAGGCGCUGUGCAGUGGCGUGGAGGUGUACGCCAUCGCCAUCGGGGAUAUGUUUGACACCAGCGCCGAGAGGCAGUCGCUGGAGCGCAUCGCAUGCAGCAUGCGGGACAGGGUGAAGACUCUGAGCGUCUACGCAGAGCUCACGGCCGAGGAGUUCCUUGAGGAGAUUGAGCAGAUCCUUUGCCCAGAGCCGGAGACUAUGUGCCCAGACCUGAAGUGCGCCUCAGCUUUGAGUGUGGCUCCUUUGACCCAGCGGCCAGUGGACCUGCUGUUCUUCGUGGACGGUUCAGAGAGGAUGGGCUCUGAGAACUUCGUCAGGGUGAUGCACUUCAUCGAGCAGCUUUCCCACGCCAUCCCCCUCUCCAAAAGGGAAGGUGACUACAAGGGGGCUCGUUUCGCCGUCAUGCAGUUCGGCGGAGAGCAAGACCCGGACCUUCUCAUGGACUUCACGGCCAAGCGUCGAUCCUUCGCCAACCUUGCCUCUCGUGCCGUGUACCGCGACUCUUCCUCCACUCUGGGAAGUGCCAUUCUCUUCGCGGUCAACAACCUUGUUAAUCCCGGUGGGCGUUAUCGUGGUGUGCGCCCGGACGCAGAGCUGGCCUUUGUCUUCAUCACAGAUGGGGUCACGAGCGAUAAGGACUUUGUGGAAGGACUGCAAGCCAUGCGCAAGUCCAAUGCUGUGAGCUUUGUUAUAACGGCGGGCUCAGAUGUCAACCAUGACAGGCUGAUUCAGCUGGUCUUCAAAGACAAGGCGCUUGUUCUACACCUGAACAGCUACAAGGACCUUGCUCAGUCAAGGGUCGUCAAGCAUAUUGCUCACUGUUUGGGAUAACGUUUGUGGGUUUGUGCCAAAAGCCCUAAAGCUUGGACCAAGGUGUUUGAUUUGUAUUGUUGUGGCAUCAUAUGAGAUGAUGUGGAUAUGUUUGCCACAAAAAUCUUUGCAAUGUAGUCAUUAAGUGAAUGUGAAAAUACAUGGCACAGAUUCUUUGUACUUGUGUAUCCA